AUGAAAGUAAUUAGACUGGAGUAUGGGGAUGUGGAAAUUGGUAAAACAUUGGUGAAAACAAUAGAAAUAUUGAACGAAUCUUGUAAUGAACAAAUAUACCAAGUUCGAAGGGAUCCAACUACAAAUCCUCUGGAUCAUGUAUUUUAUUUACGUUCCUAUACUUGGACUUUAGCACCUGAGGAAAAAUUUUUGUGCGAAAUACGUUAUCGGCCACUUAUUGCAUCUUCUAAAAAUGUUGAUUAUUUUAUUAUUACAGAUACCAGCGGAGCAUAUAUGAAAAUUAUCGUUUAUGGAUCUGGUAUCGGUCCUGAAGUGAAUUGUUCAGCGACAAAAAUCUUUAUGAAUUGCACGUACGAGUAUCCUGAGGUUAAGAGACGAAUUAAAUUAACGAACAACUCUAAGGUUACUGCGACUUUUAUGUUCAAUAUAGAUAGAAAACAUAAGUUUCUUCAAUUAGACACAAGAUACGGUACUAUUAGUCCUUGUUCUUAUAAAUGCAUUACAAUUACGUUUACGUCACCAAAAGGUGGAAGAUACACUUAUCAUUUAACCAUUUUAAUUUUACACCAAGAACCAAUUAUUAUAGAAUUACAUGGUUACUGUGGUUUAACAUCCUGUAAAAAAGAUGAUAUAAAUCAUAUUACUUAUCCUUGGAGAGAAAAGAAUGGGUUUAAAGGAUAUAUGAGAGACAUAGUUAAUACAUUAGGAGAUUUACCUCCAGUAUCUUUAUCAAAACACUAUUUUAAUUUUGGUCAGGCAGAUGUAGAUGUAGAAAAUAUUAUUCAGAGAAUACCUCAAGCAAUAUGUCUUACAAAUCAUAGUCAUUCAAAUUUAUUGGUUAUUUGGGAAGAAGACACUGAUGGAAUUUUUAAUGUCUCACCUUUAGAGAUGCAAAUUCGUCUAGAUCAGUCUACUCUCUUUGAACUUACAUUUAAUCCUAAUGUGAAAAAUAAUCUUUUUGGAAAAGAAAUUAUUGGUUCUGUUUACUUAGAACAUGAAAAGUUAUCAACAUUUCCAUUUGUUACAUCAGUCACAGUAAUAGGUCACUCUUUUCCUACUGCAUCUAGUACAUGGAUUCCACAGUAUGAAAUACCUCAGACUAUAAUAAUGCCACCAUGUGUUCCAUCAUUUCCAGUUUAUACAACAUUUUUAAUUAAAAAAUUUGGUCAUUUGCCUCUUACAUUUCAAUUUGUUGCACCAGCAGCAACUCAUUUCAUUGUGAAACCAAUGCUUGGUGUAAUUUAUGAGGAUUAUCAAAUAAUUGCAAUUGAAAUGACAUCUGAGCCUAAGGAUGAACAGAUUUAUAUAGAAAGAUGGACAGUAUAUUUUAAUGGGGAUAUGAAAAAUGAAAGCUACAUAAAUUUUAAAGGAUAUGCAGAGUAUGCAAAUAUUAUUUUCAACAAUAAUAACAUCUUGAGUUUCCCAUUAGUUUUAUCAGGUUGUGAACAAUUUAAUAUGUUUAUUAAUAUAAAUAUAAAAAUGUCUUUUGGUAAAAGGAUUUUUUUUUAUAGGUAUCAAUUCUAUCAAUUGCCACCUGAACUUAAUAUGCAAUGUAUAAGUGGAGAAAUUGAUGCAAAUGAUACUUUGUUUCAAGAAUGUUCCUUUUCUCCAACUGAACCAAAUGUAGAUUAUGAUUUUGAGGUACAAUGCGUUUUGAUUGUUAUAAAAAAUGGAGUUAACAUUGGAUCAAAGUGUUGCAUAAAUUUGCGCGUUCGUGCAAGAAGCGAAAACGGAUUAUUAAAGGCAAUCCCAAAUGAAUUAAAUUUCGGCGAAGUAGAAUACAACGAUACCAAGACAUUAUCAAUUGAUCUUAUUAAUUCUAGUUUAGUAAAUAUUUAUUAUAAAUUAAUUUGUACUCAUCGUAAUUGUCCACUUGGAAAUAUUGAAGAAGAUGUUAAAAUGCAUCCAGUAUCGGAAACUGUUUUCUCAACAUCGCAUAAAAAAAUUACGAUUUCUAUUAAACCACGUACGGCAGUGUAUUAUGAAUUUGUAAUUCAAUACCUGAUAAGAGUUAAUUUUCGAUCAGAUCUAUUAGUAGCUAAACAAAGUCCAAUAAGAAUUUGCAAUGUAUGCUGCAUGUGUAUAUUGCCAACAAUAAAAGUGCAGAAUGUAUGCGCUUUUGGAUAUAAGCAGCAAUAUUCAUUAAAUGUAAGCAAACCAUUCUUGUGGAGAACAUUGCGAAUAAAUAGUUUGAACAAAAUUCUGAAAAAAAUGCUGCCAGGAGAAACAUCAACAAUAAACAUAAACCUUUUUCCAAUGAUUGUAAACGAGGGAGCGAUUUUCAUAAAAUGGUUGGUGAUAAAUCCUUCCAGAUUGCCUGUACCAUUGGUUUUAAAGAGAAUUAAACAAUGUUCUUGUCAGCCUGUUACGAAAAAAGUUGGUAUUUCACUUCAGCGCAUAGAAAUUGAUUGCCCACAUAGAGAUCUUUGUGUAGUGCACUUGAGAUCAACGACACUAAAACCAGGGGAAGAAACUAUAAUAGGCAUGAAUGUACGUUUCACAUUAGUUGGAAAAUCAACAAUUUGUUGGAACUUAGGUAUAGGACAUGAUCGUCAUAUUAUUUUAAACAUGAUUAUUGAUUGCUUAACUGAGUCUGAGACACAAGAUCAUUUCUUAAGUGCUUCAUUAAUUCUAUUCGGAAAUAUUUAUAUUGGAAACAAAGAGCCAAUGUAUAGGAUACAUUGGAUACACAAUAUUACGAAUAUCGAUUUGCCAUAUUCUUUGAACAUUGAUAAUAUGCGUAAAGUAAACGAAAGCUAUCAUUGUGAAGUUUUUUCAUGUUUAAACCCAGAUGGUAUCAUAAAAGCUCGAACAGCUAUGCCUCUUAUCUUAAAGUACCAACCUCGAAUGUUUGGAAAAUACAAGGUAACGGUUCCAGUAACUAUGGGAAAUGAAACAGCAGAAUUGUCGAUAAAAGGAGAAGCAUCUUGCGAUUUUCAGUCUGUGAAUAUUGGGAGACAAAUACCAGAUCAUUGUGCUUGCAGAAUUGCAUUAUUUCCUGCAUAUUUUAGCGUCGAUUGUAUUAAUAUGUGGUGUGCACCUACACAUAAUACCAUUGUCAAAAUGCUUUUAGUUUAUAACAACUUGGAAAAUGAUGCACUCGCUUAUGAAUGGGAAUGUCUAGACAUAUCAGGGUUCCUGUGCGUCGACAUAUUUCCUCGUACGGGUAUAAUGAGUCCAAACACGGUACAAAGCUUUAGAGUGAAAAUUUACACCAAAGGAUAUCCUUGCAGAAUUGACGUUCAUAUACCUUGUGUAUUCUACAACGCAAGUGAAAGACGAGAAUACCAACGAAGUAUUAUCAAACAUACUAUUUUAAGCCAGGAAUUGGAAGGACAAUUUUCUAUUACAGAGAAAGGCACUUCUGUGCCGAAAUCGUGGAUAAAAAUACUUGAUAAACCGGAACGAUGUCACAAAACAUUGAGUUUACGUUGUACUAUCUACCCUGUGGAAGAUCAACAUAUAAGAGUUAAUUUGUUGAAAGAAUUACAAGCUGCUCCAUCAAAAACGAUUAGUUUUGAUGAUAGUAACAAUUAUAUUACUACAAAAGAAAAAUGCCUCUCUAUGAUACCUUUUAUUUUAGAAGGCUUAUUAUGGGAUAUUGUUAAUAGUACGAGAUUUAAGAAAAUAGUUGAAGACAGUCUAAUUCCUGGAAGAAAUUUGUAUUAUUCCCAAUUCACGAUGGAUCUUUCAGAACGAAAGAAAUUAACACGGAGAUCGUAUAUUUCACAGCCAUUAACACUUAUUAACUCAAUAUUAGAAGAAAUGUUAUUUAUCAUAGUACACGAAGAAUUUUCCUUAAAAACUAUACAUUUAAUUCCUAAUGAAGACAUACGUCAUAGCAACUAUUUGAAAUUAUCGGCCAAACAAAAACGAAUCGGUUACGAAGAUGAUUUGACAGAGGAUCGUGAAACAGUUGAUGAUGAAACUGAUGUAGAAUAUGAUUUUUCAAGAAAUAAAUUUAGGGUAUCUUUUGUUGUGUGA